CCGCCCCGGCCCGCCUUAUCUGGCCCCUCGGCGGCGGCCCGGGGAGGCGGCCGGCGGGCAGUGGCCGCGCGAUGUCGCACGGAGCCGGGCUGGUCCGCACCACGUGCAGCAGCGGCAGCGCGCUGGGACCCAGGGCCGGCGCGGGGCCGCAGGGCACGACGAGCGCCUCGGAGGGGCUGGUGGACCCGGUCUACCCCCGCACCCACGGGGCCCUGCUGAAGGUGGCGCAGAUGGUCAGCCUGCUGAUCGCCUUCAUCUGCGUGAGGACCUCUCCGUGGAUCAGCCAGAGCGCCUACAGAUACUUCGAAGUGGUCACCAUCUGCAACUUGAUCAUGAUCCUCGCCUUCUACCUGGUCCACCUCUUCCGCCUCUACCGCGUGCUCACCUGCAUCAGCUGGCCCCUGUCGGAACUUCUGCACUAUUUAAUCGGCACCCUGCUCCUCCUCAUCGCCUCCAUCGUGGCCGCCUCCAAGAGUUACAGCCAGAGCGAGCUGGUAGCCGCCUCGAUCUUUGGCUUCCUGGCCACCUUCCUCUGCCUGGCGAGCGUGUGGCUGUCCUACAAGAUCUCUUGUGUGACCCAGUCCACAGAUGCAGCCGUCUGAGGACACCGCGGCCUCCGGCCCGCAGAAGGACCCGCCGGCCGGUGACCUCAGGAGAGACUUCCGAACCUGUGUUCCUGUGCCAAAGCCCUGCCUGGCUGGCGGGCACGGAGGGCCUUCUCCUCCCUCCUGGGCUCCCGGGCUGCUCCGGACUUCUCUCUCUCCGGCCUAUUCACCUCGGAGAACAUUCUCCUCGUCCGGGAAAGGAAACAGCCUCCAGGGAAAUCUGGUCUCUGCCUCCUGCUCUUCAAACGGCCUCCGGGACUGGUGCCUGCACCUAACACAACGGAGAGGUCUCUGGGUGCCCCUGCACAAAUCCCACUCCUCGCGGGAGUGGCGCUGCCUUAAGUCUCCCCUACAAACCAAGCCCUCUCCUAAUUUAUCAGCGUGGGCAUCUGCUCUCUUCACAUGCGGCCGGCUGUGGAAGAGAAGCACUCUGUGGUCAGCCUGGCGCCAAAGGCGAAAUCUCAGUCUCCUUUCCCGGCUCUGCCUUCGUGAGCUGUGUGUGUGUGUGUGGAUGUGUGGAUGUGUGUGUGUGUGUGUGUGUAGGUUUUUUUUUAAAUAAAAUAUUGACUUGA